GUCUGCAACAAAAUGCCGGCUGAAAUUUGCACACAACAUUUUAUACAACCAAGAGCUACAGCUCCCUUGGCCACUGCAACAGCAAACUACUCGGGUAUCGAUAGUCCCAUUUCGUCAUCACCCAGCGACAGCACACCACCAUACAACAUGAACAAACUCUGCCGUCAAGUGUCAAUUGAAUCGCCUGGUCCACAGGUCAGAAAUUGUGUCUUCAAUUUCUUUGUACCCAUCGAAGAUACACCGGCCAUGGGUGCACGCAUCAAAAUCGUUUGUGCCGGUGCCUGUUAUCGUCGUCGUGAUCGUUCGGCCUCAAUAACCAGCAUGUCUUCGAUUUCCUCCGAUCUGAGUGAUUAUUGUCCAACGCAAUCAUCGCCAGCACAUGCUGGCAUUCGUGAAGGUUCAUUCUUCCCUGGCUUCGAAGUGGCCGGUGUUAUUGAAUCCCUCGGAAGUGGCAUUAAUGAUUCGAACAAUUGUGGUUUACGUAUUGGUCAACGUGUCAUUGUCUAUCCAUUCGAUGAAGCACCUGCUGGUUAUGCUGAACUAUUGGUUGUACCAGAUUUAAAAUAUGUUGUACCAAUACCGGAUAGUUUGCCAAUUUGUGUAGCGGCUAUGUUGCCAACCGGUGCACUAAUGGCCAUGAAUGCUGUCUUCAAAGCGGAAGAGGUUGUCAGGGAAUUGUUGAAGAAACGCGCACCCGAAGAAGCGGAUAAAAAAUGUAAAUUGCUGAUUGUUGGCACUGGCGGUUUGGCAUUGUGGGCCGUUCGCAUUGCAUCGUAUCAUUAUGCCGCAACUGGAGCAGAUAAAUUGAUUGACAUCACUGUGGCUAGUCUGCGUGAUGAGGGCUUCCGUUUGGCUACAGAAAUUGAAAAUGUCAGCGUUGUCCAAUGGAAUGAAUGCCUCUAUGAGCCACAAUUAAUUGAACGCACAAAAGAUGUGUGUGGCGGCACCGUCGAUGUUGUCAUUGACUUUGGCACCACUUCACGUUCCCUGCACCGUUCUAUGCAUUGCCUCAGCAAGGGUGGUGUUGUUCUGAUCAGUGACGAAGUUGCCGAAAAGCUAAUGCCCAAGUUCUCACGCCUUUCGGUCGAGUAUCAGCAGGAAAUUAUUCCCAUUAACAAUGGUUCCGUUGAACAGCUAAAAGAAUUGGUCCAAAUGGUGGCCGAUAAGAAAAUUGAACCACCACCACAUUCGGUAUUCCCCUGUGAACAGGCAGCUGAAGUUAUACAGAAAUUGUGUAGUUCUGAGAUACCAGGACGUGCCAUUUUACGUUUCCAUGAUAUUGAAUAAUU